AGGUAUUUGCUAGAAUCCUCGCGAGUUUUACGACGGACAUUUUAUAGUCUGCGGCUCAGAGUGGGAGCGUCGUCCUCGAGGUUUUUCGUGUUGUUGCCAUAUCGAGUGGCUUUCUAUAUUGAACAUGUCGUCGUGGGUGAAGGUCACAAGGAAUCGAGGACCACUUGCUGGUGGAGGCAACAUCAGACCUUUUAAACCUUUCCGAAUGGCUCCAUAUCCAGGCAGAGAUGAAAGAAAAGACGCAUUUAAUGAAGAUACCCGCAAUUUUGAAGAGAUGUUAAGCAAGCAGUAUGACUAUUCAUCAGGUGCUGAGGACCAUUAUGAAAGAUAUCAGUACUCCCAAAAUGCACCUGCCAAGGGUUUUACGCCAGCUGAUCGGCGCAAUUCCUUAUAUCAGCAGUUCUACAAACAGAUCCAGGAGGAGUAUGACCGGCAGAGGCCAGCUGACUGCGUUGUGCUCUCUGUGACAAAGCAGCAGACGGAUUAUGCAAAAUCGCUAGGCCAUUGUUUGCAGGACCGUGGCCUUGUGGUGGAAAUGAUUUACCUGCACUCGGAGUCAGGUCUCACCCGUGCCCUUCAGGAUGUCCGACAUGACGGUUCUCCCUUUUGUAUUCUCGUCGAGCACUCAAAUGUAGCACUUUCGUCUUGCACCGUAAUCAUAUUUUACGAGUCUCUCAAAAUACACCGGAACAUGCCAUCAGAGCGUGCACUGGAUUUUGUGACCUCUGAGCACAGACGUUUGCAUGCUGAGCAUUUGGAGAAAGAACGAGAGGAGAUUGCAAUGAAGGCUGCUGACCUUGCUGAUGACUAUCUGGAGCGUGAGAAAAGUGACAAAUAUACAAUACCCCUGAGCAUUCGCCACCUCUUUUUCCUGAUGAGCGAAGGGAAACAUUUGUAUUUGGAAGAGCUGAACACAAUAGCGGAGUAUGUGAGGACAAGGAAAGAGGAAAUGGAAGCAACUCAACUAAAUACUGGUAAUGGUUCCUAUCCAAAUGUCCGAAACCAAGGGAUUGGUGGUCUUAACAAGCCUCCACCUCUUCUUCCAACUCCAGGCCAUCCUGUGCUGCAAGAUCACCCAGGUCGUUCCCCACCUGGCCCUCCUGGUAUGGGGGACAGACAGAGUGGAGCUCUGCUUCCAACUCCAGGGUCAUUUCCUAAAUCAAAGCCACCUCCCCUCUUGUCGAUGCAUUCACGCGCUGGUCUUGGGCAGGGUCCCUUAAACCCUUCAAAGAAGGCUUUGUUGGGCGAAAAGCCUGCUCUUCUACCAACUCCAGGUCCACCUUCACGACCUGGUCAGCAGCGGCGCUAGGCUUUACUGUUGCAAGACUGAUAGAUGCACCUUUGAGAGCUCCAGCACAUUCCUCGCCCUGUGAGAACAUUUUAGGUGCUUUUACUUCGUCGUUCAAAGAGCGCCACUGUCUUGUAGUGUUCAGUUAGAUUUGUGUUUUUUAUUUUUUCCUUGUUUUUUUUGGGGGAGGGAGUUGGGCAUUGGGUUGUGGCAAGGUGCCUGUAGUAACUUUAUAGUGCCAACUUGCCAGAGUGGGAGGGGUGGUAUUCCUUUGUUCUAUACUUUAUGUAAUUAGCUACUUGUGAAAUGUUUUGUACUGCGGUGGCAUUUCAAAUAAACUUGAAUAUGAAACCUUGAA